CGUGGGAAACUGAGGGCGGCGUAUUUAGGCUUCGGGCAUGCCAAAUAAUUUUGGGUGAGAAAUGAGGAAGGUCUGUGUCUGAGUCACCCCGUAAAUCCUGUGAUCUUUAGAAGAGGGCGAAGUGCUUGAUAGGAAUGCCUCGUUUUGUAUUAUGAAUAGAAGGAGGCCAGCUGGGGAAAGAUGACUUUGGUUUCACAACCAGUACAAGUUCAGAGACCUGACCAUAGAAGAGCUGAAGGAUGUUAGCAAGACCUACCCCAACUUCACGUUCUCCAUGAACACAUACACCUUCAAGGAUGGAUCCCAGAAGGACCUCCUGAAUUUUAGUGGCACUGUCCCAGUAAAAUAUGCAGGUAAUUCCUAUAACAUACCUGUUCGUCUGUGGAUCCUGGAUUCUCAUCCCUUUGCUCCCCCCAUUUGCUUCCUGAAGCCAACUGCAAACAUGGGCAUUGCAGUGGGGAAACACGUGGAUGCACGGGGCAGGAUUUAUUUGCCCUACCUGCAGAACUGGAGCCAUCCUAAAUCAACUGUCAUUGGAUUAAUCAAGGAAAUGAUUGCAAAGUUUGAGGAAGAACUUCCUUUGUACUCACUGUCAUCUUCUGAUGCAGCCAGGCAAUCAGAACUUCUCUCCUAUAUUGCAAAGAUUACUGAAGGAGAGUCUGAUAUGAAAUCGAGGAGUAAAACUGGAAGCAGAAAUGAAGGAUGUUUUAACAAAAUCACUGUUGUUGGAGCUGGAGAUCUUGGCAUUGCAUGUGUACUAGCAGUUGCAGCAAAGGAUGUUGCAGACAAGGUGGUUCUUUUGGACCUUUCUGAAGGCGCAGCAAAAGGAGGGACCAUGGAUUUGGAGAUUUUUGCUGUGCCAAAUGUGGAGAUCAGCAAAGAUUUUUCUGCUUCAGCUGAUUCCAAAGUUGUGGUGCUUACAGUUAAUUCUCUGGGUAAUGCUCAGACUUACCUUGAUGUCAUACAAAGCAAUGUGGAUUUGUUCAGAGGAAUUAUUCCAGCAGUAUCCCACUACAGUCAGAAUGCUGUUCUCCUUGUUGCUUCUCAUCCAGUUGAAGUAAUGACAUUUGUGUCGUGGAAGCUGAGCUCGUUUCCCAAAAGCAGAGUAAUUGGAGUUGGUGCCAACCUCGAUUCAGAGAGAUUUCGGUACAUUCUGACCAACCUUUUGAAAGCAGAGGUGCUGGCAAAAGAUGCCUGGGUUGUUGGUGAACAAGGGGAAGACAAAGUACCAUCAUGGACCAGCUGUAAUGUAGUUGCAAAUCAAACAGAAUCAAUGGCUGCUCGUAACUCGAGGGAAAAGGUGGCUAACAGAGCUAUGGAAGUCCUGAAGGGAAAAGGUCAGAGAUCUUGGUCUGUUGGGCUGUCAGUUGCUGAUUUGGCUGACAGCAUUCUGAAAGAUAAAAGAAAGGUUCAUUCUGUAUCCACUCUGGCAAAGGGGUGUUGCAAUAUAAACAGUGAAGUGUUCUUAAGUCUCCCAUGUGUUCUUGGAGCCAGUGGAGUGAUUGAAAUGGUCAGGCUGGAGGAAGACCCACUGGUGCAAGAGAAACUGCAAAGCAGUGCAGGCUCAAUUCAUGACCUGCAGCAGCAGCUGAAACUGUAAGGAAGCCCAAGGGAAGCCUCUCGCCUGCUCACUGAAGCUGGAGAUCUGCAAGGCAGAAGAGGUUGCUUCGUAUAUAAGGAUUUCUGUAGAAAGCAGGAAGCUUUGUUACUUUACUUUCCAAAAGUGCUUUCUCAGUUUAGGUUUAAAUAAUUUAAUAUCACACUGUAUGGCAAUAAUUUCUUUGAAAAGUGCACUUUUGGUAGCCAAAAUGAGGCAGGUUACACGCAAGAAUGUUUUACCUAAAUUCAGGUGGCACUGCCCUGUGGGUUUUGGCUGCCAGUUAUAGCCUGAUUCUUGGGUUAUUCUUAGAUUUUUGCACCCCUUUACAUGGUAAGAGGGGCUUACCCAGCUCUACAGAAACUCCAGCAUGCAGAGCCCACUUGAACCUUUCCUCACGGCUUUCAGAUGCUGUAUCUGAGGCUUGUUUAGGGUACAGUCACACUCCAGCUCCACAGGCACUGGGGAUGCAAUUCCACAGCUCCAUCUUCCAUGGCUGUCAAUGCUCUUAUGUCAAUGGACUCCUGGUAUUUUGCUAUUUACUAAGGGGAACGUGGUGUUCACAGUAUCCUUCAAACCUGAACUAUUGGCUGUGGAUUUCUGUUCACACUUUAUCAUGGCUGAAAUACUCCAAUCAUGACUUGCUUGCUUUUAUUUUGUGAGGAUAUUCAGAGCAUUAAAGCACCUGCAGUUCUCACUACACACGGGCAGCACUGGAACAGGGGCUCUUCCUGAAUGGGAGGAGCAGGAGCUGGGCUUCAAAUAAAGAUAAAAGAUAAAAUCCAGCAGUUGAACAGCGCAGGAGUAUCUGCACAUUCAGACGUCAAAACAAAGCCAGCUGGGAGCUUUACAUCAGCCUCAGGAGAAGGCAACAGAACCUGUAACCCUCCUCCCUGGAGGCCAGGGAUGUGAUGAAAAAGGAGGAUGUGGAUUUGUAGGUAAAAAACAGAUGGUUUUGAGAUCAAGGCGUUUUUUGGGCUCUAACCUCUUGAUUUACUACUGGUAAAAGACUGCGUUGCUCCUGAUUAUACCUCAGCAUCACAUGGCAGGCACAGAGGACUUGGGCUCCACUCCUGCUGUGUGCAGCUUAGGAAUGUCAUUCUACCUUUACACUUUGAGAGGUGGCUGGUUGGAAAUUUUCCAAAUAUUGUUGGAAAUUUGUUCUGAGCAAAAGUAGGAUCUCUGGCAGAGCAAAAGAUCUGAUCCUUUGUGCCUUCCAGUUCCAUCUCACAAAGAGCCAGACAUGCAGAGAGUUCUGAGUGUAUGCUGAUCUCAGAACUGGAUUAAACAUAGAAGGAAAAAACCUUCAGUAAUUCAGACCUUUAUUUUUUUUGAAUACCCAAAUGUCUUUCACUGUAGUGGUAAAUGAUGGGGCAAAAUUAGUGAUGGCUGCAGGUAACCAACUUUGCUGCUAUGUUUUUUAAAAGCUGCAUUUUGGGGUUUGGUUGUCUUCACUUACUUUGAAAAAAAAAAACCAAUAUGAAUUUAAGGUUUUACAUUGUUUUUCAUGGUGGUGUUUCUCAUCUGUUGAGAAUUUCUUUUCACGCGAAUACUCAAGCUGUUUAUUUAGUUUGGCGUUUAUGUAAUAAUGUUAACCUUAAAAUGCUGCCAGCCCUUACAGGCGUGUUUUGUGCAUCAGCCUGA